GCGUCAUGUCGUACACGAAGAAGAGCAGCAUGCUAGAAACAGCUGUGAGUACAGAGAUAAGAGGCUAACUAAAGUCUUAGACCGCGCAUUAGCGUUCAAAACACAAAUGUAAUGUUUGUGUUAAUGGUCGGAGGAGACAGAACCAGUAUGACGAACAUACUGGUUUAACUGGACAGAAGGGCGUUUAGCUUUUACUGCCUUUACGGCUAGUUGUAUUUAGCCGUUAGCUAAUUAGCUUGCUAGCUAGUCAGUUAGCUAGCUGUCACCGAGGUUUGUUUUGUUCUUUGUAAAAGUGUCCGUGUCUUUGAAAACACAUGAGUGUGUCUCUGGUCGUUAUCCGUUUGGAAUUAGCCGACCAGUCUCCUUCUCCACAAGGUUUCCAGUACUCAGCUGCUGAAGGCAUGUCAGAUGAGGAGCUGCAGGAGAAAUCUCUGGGUGUAGCCAAACACACUCUGAGUGGGAAGACGGAUCUGGAAAGAACAGCUGUUCUGCACCAGCACAUUGGCAGCAGGGCCAUGGGGGACAUGGUGAUAGAGACCUUUGAGCCCAGCCCAGAUAAAGGAGGCGGUGAAGACCCCGGUGGUUCAGCAGAGCAGGACAGUGAAGCUCCUGCUGCACAGACUGAAGCUGACAGUCUGGAGGUCACUGAGGGUUCACAGGACAACAGCGAGGCGACAGGCGCUGCCCCUGACUCCCCCUCUAAACAGCUGCCGGACCAGAUCUCCUUCUUCAGCGGGAACCCGUCAGUGGAGAUCAUCCACGGCAUCAUGCAUCUUUACAAGACCAACAAAAUGACAUCACUGACUGAAGAUGUUAGACGCAGCGCGAUGGUGUGCAUCCUGACGGUCCCUGCCACCAUGACCAGCCAUGACCUCAUGAAGCUGUUGGCACCUUUUAAUGAGGUCAUGGAGCACAUGAAGAUCAUACGGGACUCCACCCCGAACCAGUACAUGGUUCUGAUUAAGUUCUGUACACAGGCAGACGCAGACAGUUUUUACACAGCGUGUAAUGGCCGCCAGUUCAACUCCAUAGAGGAAGCAGUGUGCCAGCUGGUGUAUGUGGAGCGGGCCGAGGUUAUCAGGUCUGAGGAGGGAGCCAGUCUGCCGGUGAUGGAGCUGACCGAGCUGCCAAAGUGCACCGUGUGCCUGGAGAGAAUGGACGAGUCCGUUAACGGCAUCCUCACCACUCUCUGCAACCACAGCUUUCACAGCCAGUGUCUCCAGCGGUGGGAGGACUCCUCGUGUCCUGUGUGUAGGUACUGUCAAACACCAGAACCUGUUGAAGAGAACAAGUGCUUUGAGUGCGGAGUGCAGGAGAACCUGUGGAUUUGUCUGAUCUGCGGGCACAUCGGAUGUGGUCGCUACGUCAGCCGGCAUGCCUACAAGCACUUUGAGGAGACACAGCAUACGUACGCUAUGCAGCUCACCAACCACAGAGUCUGGGACUACGCAGGAGAUAACUACGUGCAUCGGCUGGUGGCCAGUAAGACUGAUGGGAAGAUGGUGCAGUAUGAGUGUGAGGGAGACACCUGCCACGCUGAGAAAAUUGAUGCUCUUCAACUAGAGUACUCGUACCUGCUGACGAGUCAACUGGAGUCUCAGAGGAUUUACUGGGAGAAUAAGAUCGUUCAUCUGGAGAAGGAGACGGCCGAGGAGAUAAACAACAUGAAGGCCAAAUUUAAGGAGACCCUGGAGCGCUGUGAUAACCUGGAGCGACGGUUCGCAGACAUCAGCAAAGACAAGCAGAGCUUCGAGAAAAAGUGCACUCAGCUCAACAGUCGAGUGGUGAAGCUGAGCCAAGAGCUGAAGGAGGAGCAGGAGAUGAACCGCUGUCUGAGAGCCAAUCAGACGCAGCUGCAGGCCCAGCUGGCAGAGGAGGAACGCAAAGGGAGAGAGAGCGGUGAAUGUAAGGACAUGGCGAUAGCAGAACUGCAGGAGCAGCUGAGAGACGUGAUGUUUUAUCUGGAGACGCAGCAGCAGAUCGAACACCUGCCUCCAGAGGCUCGCAGUGAAAUCCAGGAGGGACAGAUCAACAUCGCAGCCAGCCCGUCAGACGGCGCCGGAGCAGGCCCGUCCUCUGGCAGAGGCAGGAGAGGCCGAGGCAGGAAGAGGAAGUAGGCGGCGGUGUAGAAUCUACUGGAACAUGCUAGAAAACUGUUGCCGCUUCUCAGUGUGGACACAUGGCUGAGCUCUGUCCUGUGUGUCAACAUGUGUCUGCAUCAUCGUGGUCCCCAGAAAGCACUUGGAGGAGGAAAUGAAGACGUGACACUCAGCUGUUUGAAGAAAGAAUAGAAAGUGAUGAUUAUUAACCUGCACAAUUUCCCACCUUAACUUAAUGUAGCUCCUACCAGAAGAAAAGCGGAACAUGUGGUUUGCUCCGUCAGACGACACUUGGUUCUGGUUUCAAAAUAUAUUUGACAUCAGUGUGAUGUGAAUAUAUUCUGCUGUUUCUCAAAUCUAUAAAGAGUAGCUAUUUUGAUCACACGUGGUAUUUAUUAGAUCAACAUUAUGUUCAUUUGUUCCCAGUUUAAAACCCUGUAAUCAAAGUUUGACAUUUCUUUACAAUUUUAAGAUUUUUUUUCUUUUACAUGUGAUAAAUUUGGCACAGAGACACUAGUAGAUAAAUGUUUGCUUUGUGUAAAGGAAAAUGAUGUUUUCCUAAAUCCUGUCAGGCUGUUUUUUGUCUAUUCUUAAGUAAAAUGCUGAAACGUU